AUGGCGGACGCGGACGCUGCAGAAGACUUGAAUUGCAAUAUCUGCAAUUUUCAAACAAAUAGGAAAGCCAAUUUUGAAAAGCAUCUGCAGUCACAAAAGCACAAAAAUUUAUGUUCCCUGCAGCUUGAACACCAUGAGCCACCAAACGAAAGCGUCAUUUUUGCAAACAGUUAUUCGGAAUUCAUAGCGGAUGCCGAUGACGAUGUUGGCAGCACUGCCACUGGGACUGCUUAUAAUUCUGCCAGUAGUGAACCUUUAGUACACGUAACAACACCAGAACCUUGUGUCCAAGCCCAAGGAGAUUGGCACCCGUUUUCCUCAAAAAUUGAAAUGCUGUGUUACGUGUUUAUGAGUUCAGCAUCGCAUCCCGUGAGUGAAGAGGUUGUUAAAUUUGUACUGUUUAUGUUGAAAGAAGCUGGUGUGUCAGAUGUUCCCUCUCUUUUAAGACUUAAAAGUCUACAAUUUGGAAAUUUGAAUUGGGAGGAUAUGAUUACAAAGGGAACAGAUCAGAACGACAUCCCAUUUUGGAUAUUAAAACCAACAGAGUUACUUAAACUCCUCAUUUCCAACCCAAAGGUGUCAUCGAAGUUAAUCAGGAAACCAAGUACACAAACUGAUGUUAUUUCCCACCCAGCUGAUGCAGAGAAGUGGAGGAGUGAUAUAAAUUUUCACAAAGAUGACAAUAGUAACCCCCCUAUAGUAACCCUUCCUGUCAAUCUAUUUUUGGAUGACACCUCGACACACAAAAGCAAGAGAUGGCUUCCACUACACUGUAUCCAAAUGCAGCUUUCAGGCUUGCCUUCGUGUGACAGAAUGAAACAAAAUUCUGUCUUUUUUAUUGGAGCUUCGGAAAAAGUGGAAAUUAUGGACUUGGGCCAAUUAGUGGUUGAUGACAUGCUAGAAUGUGAAAGGGGAGAGGUUUUAUCUCUUGAUGCACAAACAAAAAAAGAAUGCAUCAUCAAAACUUGUAUUGAUGUUGUUGUGGCAGAUUAUGCCAUGAUGUCACACUGCACAAAUCAUUUGGGUGCAACAGCAAAGAAGUAUUGUCCUAGAUGUUUUGCAGAUGCUGAAAACUUUAAUCAGAUAUGUCAAAGAAGAACACCGGAUGAUACCAGACGGACGCUCAGUAUCCUGAAUAUGAGGUGUUCAGAGAAAGAUAGGCAAAAGCUGCGUUCUGCAAAGGGACUUAAAGAGCAUGUCAACUGCUUCUGGGAUGUUAUUAACCCCCAUAGUGAUAUUCCUGUUGGACUCCUACACCUUAUACCACUGGGAUUAGCAAAACAUCUCAUUAAGUAUAUCAUCAAUGAUGUAGACGAUGAAAUUUUGACGAAAAUGUCAACUCAUCUAGAUGCCGUUGUCCAGGGUAACAGAUUUGUAGACUUCUUCAAAUAUAUGGACAGCCGCCAGGGAAAGGACUUUAAGGAUUAUUUGCAGAUUGCUCCUUUCAAUAUGAAGUUUGCUGGAGUCCCACAAAAAUAUGUAAAGAUGGUUUCUUGCUUGUCAUUGAUACAACUGGAACUUCACAAUGAAAGCUUCGACGAGGAUGACCUUGAGCAACUUCAAGCAACUAUCGACACAUAUCUCUCCUAUGUCAAAACCUAUGCACCUGAACUUCAAAGGAAAGCAAAGUCACAUCUGCUUCUUCACAUUGUUGACGACAUAAGAAAUCACGGGCCCCCCAAAUGUUAUGUGGAAGAUGCCUUUGAAAAAAACCAUGGCAACAUACGGGAACAGAUAUUUCUUCAGAAUCAGAAGGCACGGAGCCGUGAUACUUGCAUAAAGUUCACGAAACAUACAAUAUGCCAGCACAUUUUGUCUGGAGGAUUUUUUAAGGAGUCUGAUGAUUGGAAAUGUGCAUCAGUAAAUGUUCUUUGCUUGGGAGAAAGAACAGACAUUAAAAAGUUCAUGGGGGAACCAGAUGCCAGAAACAAGGAGGAGAGGAAUGGUACCAUAUGUAAGCUGCAUCGUCAUACCAACAGACAUGCAAUUACAGAGCUUGUUACUGAUGAGAUGUUUUCCUUGCUGGCCUCCAAUGGUAUCUCACUGGAGGACAAGAUUCAGCGAGGAUCAGCCAUGACAGCAGGGGGUGAUAUGAUUAAUGCUGGUGACUGGGUGGAAUACCAACUAUCAACAGUUGAGGAUGAAUGUAGUGGAGUCUUUAAAGAGGGAAUUAUAGUUACACCAAAGAGAGGAGAAUCAAAGAUGCUGGCCAUAUUACAGAAAGCCACGGAAUAUUCCACCAUUUGUGAGUUUAUGGGAUGUCCAAGGUUACAUCUGGAAGAGGAAGUUGUUGCCAUUCCUGCUAGUCAAGUUAGAGGGAAAAUCAAUGUAAUGCAUGACUGCAUAGGUGCGAACUGCCGUGUAAGAGACAGCAGGGUAAAGGAGAGGGUUGAGCAAGAAGAAGUGUUAACAAGGAAAGUCCAUUUGCAUCAUAAUUAUGAACAUGGCUAUUUUUUUAAAAAUUACUACAUGCUCAGAGAUUUCAGUUAAAUUUCCCAUCUCCAGCAGGCAUUGUUGAAUUUUUUAAACAUUUUGUAUAUAGCAGAUCUGUUUACUAUUAUUAUUGUCUCUCAGUAUUUUUAUGACCUCAACCUUUCCUUCGACCUUGACCACAUUUUUCUUCAAUUAGUGUUUGGUACAGUUUUUGGUAUCUCUGACAUUUUAUUAUUGAUAAGUUUUAGCCCAAAAGUGGUCCAAACCAAUCCUUAAAGGGGAGAGGGAAUGAUUUGAACAAACUUAAAUCUACACCAACUAAGGAUGCUUGUAUAAUUUUUUGACUACCUGUGUCUUUAUAGCCCUUUACAUUUGAACUUACUUUGUGGCCCCGCCCUACCCCCAGGGGUCAUGACUUGAACAAACUUCAUCUACACUACCUGAGAAUGCUUCCAUAUGAAUUUGACUAAUCAUGGCUUUGCCAUUCUUGAAAAGAAGAUUAUUAAAGAAUUUUUUUUACAUAUUUCUAAGUAAAACUUGGACUCCAUGGUAUGACUCCGCCUUAGCCCCAGGGGUCAUGAUUUGAUCACACUUGAAUCUACGCUACCUGAAGAUGCUUCCCUAUAAAUUUCAUCUUUACUGGCACAGUGAAUCUUGAGAAGAUUUUUAAAGAAUUUUCCUAUAUAUAACUAUGUAAAACUUUGUUUGGCCAUUGUGGCCCCACCCUAACCGCGGGGGUCAUGAUUUGAACAAAAUUGAAUCUACACUACCUGCCAUAUAAAUAUGAUCAUUCAUGCCUUUGGUAUUCUUGAUAAGAAUAUUUUUUUAAAAAUUCCCUAUACAUUUCUAUGUAAAACUUUGAUGGGCCAUUGUACAUGUGGCCCCACCCCUAAUCCCAAGGGUCAUGAUUUCAUCAGACUUGAAUCUACACUACCUGAGGAUGCUUCCCUAAAAGUUUCAAAUUUCCUGGCACAGUGCUUCUUGAAAAGAUUUUUAAAAAAUACCACCAAAUUUUCACUAUUUCUGAAUUAUCUCCCCUUAAAUGAGAGCGUGGCCCUUCAUUUGAACAAAAUUGAAUCCCCUUCACAUAAAGAUACUUUGUGGCAAGUUUGGUUGGAAUUGGUCCAGCGGUUCUUGUGAGGAAGAUGAAAAUGUGAAAAGUUUACAACAACAACGACGACAGACAACGGACAAAUUUUGAUCAGUUCAGCUCAGGUGAGCUAAAAAUAAUUGUAAAAAUUGAUUGUAAAAAUAUUAUGAUAUUAUCGUGAUAUUUUGGGAAAAAAUCAUGAGAAAUUGCGAUACAAAAUUUUGGUGAUACCCAUCCGUAUCAUUAGCUGAUACAUACUGAUAUUAAGAACUCUUCAACUGCAUCAACAUUUUUUUUUUACCU